UUGAUUAAAAUCUUAAUCUGGAGUCCCUCAUCUUCAAUCAUGUGUCCAUCUUCACACCACCAUGCAAGAAGAGACUUAUCCAAUUUUUGGAGUCAUGGCUUCUGUCAGCAAAUCUUUAAAUUAAAAACCCUUGCAUCAUAGCCUCCACUGGAAGUACUAGUGUGAAGGUAUGGACAAGAGAACGUGUUCAGCCAUUCUCUUAGCUUCUGCACUGGCAAUUGCAUUCCAAGUCUUUGUUUUAUCUCCAAUAUCACCUGAUAUGCUCCUUCUUCCAACCUCUUCAAUCCCAUCAAACAGCAAGUUACAGGAAGCGAGUAAACUUGGAGAAGGGCUUUUAAAGAAACCAGAAGCCAUUGCUGUCGACAAAACGGGCGUGCUUUAUACGGCUACAAGAGAUGGUUGGAUCACAAGAUUGCACAGAAAUGGAUCCUUGGAGAAAUGGAGGCACAUAGACAGCCAUCAUUUACUUGGAGUAACUGCAACAGCAGCUGGUGAUCUUGUCGUCUGCGACGCAGAGAAGGGUUUGCUCAAGGUCAGAGAAGAUAGUGUCACCGUUCUUGCAUCCCAUGUUAAUGAUUCCAAAAUUUUUUCUGCAGAUGAUGUGAUAGAAUCAGCAGAUGGUACUUUGUACUUCAGCAUGGCAACUACGAAAUUUGAGCCCCAUAAUUGGCACCUUGAGGUGCUCGAGGCAAAGUCGCAUGGCCAACUUGCAAAGUACGAUUCUUCAUCAAAGGAGACAUCUAUUUUGCUUGAUAAUCUUGCCUUUGCAAACGGUGUUGCCCUCUCAGCAGAUCAAGAUUACUUGGUCGUUUGUGAAACUUGGAAAUAUAGAUGCUUAAAAUAUUGGCUAAAACAGGAAAAGAGGGGACAAACUGAGGUAUUUAUUGAUAAUCUUCCUGGUGGGCCUGACAACAUAAAUCUUGCUCCAGAUGGCUCUUUUUGGAUUGCUGUGUUAGAGGUGGUUCCUAAAAGGCUGGCAUUUGUACAUAAAUCAAGAGCGAUAAAACACAUUAUAGGGCGUUCCUCUAAAUUAAGCAAAUUGGUAACUGGUUUCUACAACAAAGCAAUGGUUGUCAAUGUAGCAAGUGAUGGCAAGAUUAUACGGAGCUUCGACGAUCCAACGGGAAAGGUUAUGUCCUUUGUAACAUCUGCACUGGAGUUCGAAAAUCAUUUGUAUUUGGGAACUCUUAAUUGUGACUUCAUAGGGAAACUGCCGUUGACAACUCCAUGAAAAUAGCACUAUUUGACUGGGGAUUGCACGCAUCAAUAAUAUUGUAAAAAAGAGUGGUAAAUAGUUUUGUUCCCUUGGUGCUGGUUAUAUUUUGUACUAAGAGAACUUUUAUGUGUAGUAUUAGACGAGACUAGAAGUGCAAUGAACGAACUUUUAUGUUGGGAUGUGUUAAUCCAUUCUACCCAAAAUGAAUGAGAAUCUGGAGAAAAACCUCA